GUUGUGAAGCGACACAUACCGCUAGUUCCCGUGAAGAUGGACGGAAAGGGGUGAAGAAACUCGUUUUCAGCCCGUGGAUUGCUUAGCCAUGGACUAUUUAAGAAGCUUCCAUCCACCCCUGUAUUGCCAAACUGGAAUGAUAUAUAUUGCCGGUAUUAGUAAAGCUCAACCACAUCAUGACUGUUGAUAAAGAGACGAAUCAGGUGAAGCUGGGUACUUUUAUCUUUGAAAGACUUUCACAGAUAAAAGACUUCCACUCUGUGUUUGGUGUUCCUGGUGAUUUUAACCUACCCUUGUUGGAACACAUCUAUAACGUUCCUUCUUUGAACUGGAUAGGGAAUUGUAACGAGUUGAAUGCUGGUUACGCGGCAGAUGGGUAUGCGAGAGUUAAUGGUGUUGGUGCAUUGAUUACAACGUUCGGUGUUGGAGAGUUGAGUGCCAUCAACGCAAUCUCUGGCGCAUUUACUGAAGGUGCCGGUGUUAUUCAUAUUGUUGGUACCUCUUCAACGAUCUCGAAGAGAUCAACAACGCCACUUGGGGUGCAUCACCUCAUUCCAAAUAAGAACACUUGGGAUAGAAGCCAAGACCAUUUCACCUACGAAAAGAUGGUGGAACCAUUCUGCUGUGUCUCGGAGACUCUCGACGAUACAAAGUUGGAUCAAGUCCAAUCCCAGAUUGAUAAUGUGAUUGAACAGGUUGCGAAACAGUCAAGACCAGGUUACCUCUUUGUUCCAGUCAACAUGGCAAAUAUGGAUAUCUCUGUAGAUCCAAAGAAACGCUUGAACUUCAAAACGUACAGAUCCGACAAGCAACAGGCAAAGGAGUUGGCCAGUGUUAUCCUGGAAAGGCUAUACGCCACUGAAACUGCUAUUGUCGGUGACCAGUGGUUCAAGACACGUCGUCACAAAUUGAACAAGUUCAUCAAGGAGAAUGGCUUCCACUGCUUCUCUACUUUUUUGGGUAAGUCUGUCAUUGAUGAAAAUCAAGAACACUUCCAUGGUGUCAUUGCUGGUGAAUUGUCCACUGAGGGCUCAUUGCAGGUGCUUAAUCAAUUCGAUGCUGUUUUACACCUUGGUGUAAACCACAAUGAAAUGAAUAACUUUAGAAAUUGGUCCCCAUCACAGCAUGUCAAGAAUGUGAUGGAGAUUGGCAAAGACUAUGUCCGUAUAGAUAACCAGCUAUAUACAUAUGUCGAUGGUGAAUUGGUAUUCGACGAAUUGGUGAUACAAUUCGAUUCAACAAGACUACUAAAGAAGAAAGAAAUCAUUCCAAGACUGUCACAAAACUUGCCAGAGCUAGACAAAUCAGCUAACGUGAGUCAGAAGUCUUUGUUUCAAACUGUGCAAACAUAUCUUAGACCAAAUGACGUUGUUGUUUGUGAGAUGUGCUCUUUCUUGUUUGCCAUCCCAGACCUGAAAUUCCCACAGAAUAUAACUUUUGUCACCCAAAAUUUCUAUGGUUCCAUAGGCUAUGCCCUUCCUGCAACUCUUGGUGCAUCCUUAGCAGUAAAGGAUGACAACUCUAACCGUCGUGUGUUGUUGAUUGAAGGAGAUGGGUCAUCUCAGAUGACCAUCCAGGAACUUUCCUCACUAACGAGAUAUAACGUCAAGCCAACAGUCUUGUUGUUGAACAACGAAGGUUAUUCGGUUGAGAGAAUCGUCCUUGGACCAGAAAGACCAUAUAAUGACAUCCAGCCAAAUUGGCAAUGGACCUCAUUGUUGAAGGCCUUUGGUGAUACUGAUGAGAAGAAGAGUGUAAACAUUCGGGUCGAUUCCACCUUGGCGUUAGAGAAGGCACUAAAUAGGGAAGAUGACAGAUUGAAAUUUAUCGAGAUUGCGGGUUUAAACAAACUUGAUGUCCCUUGGAGGUUUGCCUACUUGUGUGGUAAACACGACAAUUGAUUUACCUCGACGAAUACUGCUGGACAACUUGGGUUUACAAUUUACAAUGACAAAGGGCUUUUCAUAUAUACUGAUUUCUUUUACUUCUGAUUAAUUUUAAC